CACAUGCUUUAUAUCACAUAUGAUUAUAUAUAUAUAUAACGUAUGCAAAUAGGUUAUUGAUUGCUAUAGGAAUAAUCACAUAUAAUCGUAAUGCAUAAUUUACCCCUUUGCUAAUAUAAUGUUGUAUUUCAGAGAUGCAUCACAUGGUUUAUCAGAACAGGAACUCAGUCUGCAAAAAACAACUAUUUUAGGACAGCUGAAAGUCCCUAAGAACCACAGAACCAGACAGAUGCCAGACGCCAGGACGUCACAAGAAUAAUAUUACAUAUUAAUGAGAAUGUUGAAUAUUAAUGAAUAUUAAUGAGCAUGAUCGUGUGUUCGGUCAUGCGCUCUUGAAUGUACUUGUAAUCCAUAUAAAAACACACGGCUUACAAUAAAAAAGCAGAAGUAACGGUCUUCACCCUGAGACACAAGUCUGAGUGUAGAUUAUUUACGUUCUUCAGUUUGUACAAACGCUUCUUAUCUAAUUUGGCUCAGGAAGCAGAUAUCAGACACUCCGUGCACUUGGCUCGGGUCCAAAACAAUUGACGCCCAUCGUGGGCCUUCGGGCUUCCUGAUUCGGGCCAAGCCGAUCGAGAGGGGACUGGGACGGAGACCAAUGCGGACGGGUGCAGAGACUGAUCACCUCUGAGAACGAUCCUGAGUUAGAUACAGGAACACACAAGCUGGUCCCCGGUGAUUUGGUUCUGGUGAAGAAAUUUGUGCGAAAACACCCUCUUGAACCAAGAUAUGACGGUCCCUUCCAGGUCCUCCUAAUAACAGCUACAUCUGUGAAAGUUGCAGGGAAGAAUACCUGGAUACACGCCUCCCACUGCAAGAAGGUCACCAUACCCAAGGAAACGGAUAAAGAUAAAUCAUGAUCAUAUAUAUCCUUUGUCUGUGUGGGUUGACUGGGGCACAGCAUGCAGCCAUUACUAAGAAAGAUGGGAAGGUCAUUUUUUGGUAUAAUUCAUCUGAUACCCAUAUAGCCACGUUUGACUUCCACCCGUGUAAGAUACUCCCAUGUCCUGAGCAUGACAGCAGGUCAGAACGGUAUGAAAAAGGUGACGGAGAGGGAUAUAUAUGUGUCACUAAAGGGUCAUGGGGAAAAAAUUGUGACAGUUGGGGAGCAGCAGCUUGGAACACAGGGACACCCUGGGGAUAUAACCCUCUGCCAGCCUAUGACAGUAAAGACAGCCAGGGGGAGCCCUUGCUAACCCGUCUUACCCUCACCAAGCCAGGGCCCAGUAUGACACUUGUCCUAAACAUACGGAAUCCGAGCCCAUCCGAUAAGGGAGAGUAUGUGUUGGGGUGGUGGUUCGGAGGUGGUCACUGGGGUCAUAGAGGGUCUUUCCGUCUAGAAGAUAUGUACAACAACAAUGAAUGGCAGCCAAUCAAGAACCUGCCGCCCCCACCAAACCCCUUAAAGCCCCAUGUACAGACCCUGGAAGACAUGGUUGCAAUAGCAGAUCCUACCUUCAAGGAUACAAUAGAGGUUGAGACCGGCCUUUCAGAAAUCAAUCUCUGGCUAGAAUGGAUGAGAUAUAGCGCCAGCAGACAUAAUAAAACCAACUGCUAUGUCUGUGGUAGUGCUAGGCCACAUUUGGGUACAGUCCCAUUAGUUAUACCUAAGAAAGAGGAAGAGUGCUUCCUAAGCCUCUACGCUAACAUUUCCACCAACCAAUUAACAUGUGAAAAAUGGAAAAAGGAAUAUCCCAUAGACACCAGUGCUUCAAUACCUAAGAUAGCUAUCACCUUAUACCCUGGAAACUACACUUGUUAUGCUCACCAUGAAGGGAGGGGUAAAAACCUAGGUAACUUCUCCAAAGGUUACUGUGCUUCUUACAGUCAUGUCCCGGCCAACUUAAUACAGAAUCAAAGUCAAUCCUUGGGGGAUGUGUAUUGGAUAUGUGGAGACAUGCAAGUGAGGUCCAGAUUGGAAGGACAAUGGAGGGGAGAAUGUGCCCUUGCAAAGGCCAUCAUGCCUCUGCACAUCCUAACCCUAACGGAAGGUAUUCACAACACACAGGGUAAGAGGACAAAAAGGGAAGCCCUUCCGGGAAGUUUUGACCCUCAUGUGUAUUUAGAUGCCAUUGGAGUUCCGAGGGGGGUCCCUGAUGAAUUCAAGGCCCGAGACCAGGUAAAAGCAGGUUUAGAGGCCCUAAUCCCCAUAAUAACUGUUAGCAAAAAUGUAGACUGGAUAAAUUAUAUAUAUUACAAUCAGCAAAGGUUUGUCAAUUACACGAGAGACGCAUUCCAGGGAAUAGCCGAACAGUUGGAGGCCGACUCUCAAAUGACUUUCCAGAACCGGAUGGCUCUGGAUAUGAUAUUUGCAGAGAAAGGAGGGGUUUGUACGGUGAUAGACAAGAUGACCAGCACCACUUGCUGUACAUAUAUUCCAGACAACACCGGCCCGAAUGGCCAAGUCACUGUAGCCCUUAAAAAGUUGAAGAAUCUGUCAGUUGAACUAAAGAAAAAUUCAGGCAUCACAGAUCCAUGGGACCAAUACUUCAGUUGGAUGAACGGGUGGCAGAGAAUUUUAACCCAAAUAGGAGUAACCAUACUAAUCUUUCUAUUUCUCCUCGCUCUGAUAAUUUGUUGCAUACUCCCUUGUUUAAAGAAAUGUAUAGAGAAAGCAGUAGAACAAGGAAUCCCUACGUUCGUGAACCAAGACAUAGGGCUCGAGGAAGAUGAGUACGAAGAACCGCACAUUCCACUACAGACAUUCCCAGUCUCACAUCAUGAAUAGGCAGGAUGACAGGGACAGAUAGGGUAGGAGCCUUGAGGCCGCGACCUGGGUCCAGCUGCAGCGAAAGCCAUCCUCACCACUAGAGGCUCUGGGGAAAACCUGCUGGACCUUAGACUCCGCGCGCCUUGGGGUGGGGAAACUUAGAUUAAAACAGGGACAGAUUAAAAUAGAUUAAAAUAGACAUUUCAAGGGGGGUGCUGUAGUGGAUGUGAUAAAAAUAGUCAAACUAAGAUAAUGA